CUCUGUGUAUAUAUAUAUAUAUAUGUAUAUUCUCUUCCUGAACGUACGAAAAGCCAUUUCCGGGAUCAGGAGCUCCAUCCGUGGCUUCUGCUUUCUAGCCAUUGAGAUCUCAGUAUACUUUGCCCCUUCUUCACAACCCCAAGCUUGUUCCUGUAUCAGACUUCCAAAGCUAUGAGCUUUGGUUUGAGGAAAUCCGCUUCAAAUGGCUGGUGCCGGAAUCCCCCAAUUUCUGAAGAUCAACAGCAGGAAAAGGUUGAGGAAGUGAGAAGGGUCGUAGGGCCUUUGCCGGAAAAGUUGUCUAUUUAUUGUUCAAAUGCAUCCAUUUCAAGAUACUUAAGGGCACAGAAUUGGGACACCAAGAAGGCAACUAAAAUGCUGGAGCAGAGCUUGAAAUGGAGAUUGGAAUACAAACCAGAAGAAAUUAGAUGGAUAGGGAUUACAAUUCAUUUGCAGGAUCAAGUUGCGAGUGAGGCCGAAACUGGAAACAUGUACAGGGCACCCUAUACGGACAAGCAAGGCAGAGCAGUUCUUGUCAUGAGACCAAUUUGCCAGAACUCUAAGUCGACAAUAGGAUCACAAAUUAGGUACCUUGUGUAUUGCAUGGAGAAUGCUAUCAUGAAUUUGGAACCAAGCCAGGAAGCGAUGGCGUGGCUGAUCGAUUUCCGUGGCUGCAGUUUGUCAAAUAUCUCUGUCAAGAUUGCAAGGGAAACAGCCCAUAUUUUGCAAUACUAUUAUCCAGGCAGGCUGAGCUAUGUCAUUCUAUACAACCCACCCAAGUUCUUUGAAUCUUUCUGGAGGGUGGUGAAGCGCUUUCUAGACCCACGGAUAGCUAACAAAGUGAAGUUCGUAUGCUCCGAAAAUCAGAGUUCCGUGAAAAUAAUGGAGGAUCUAUUUGACAUGGACAAGCUCGACUCUGCAUUUGGUGGCAGAGGCGGCGAGUUAGUGUUCGACAUCAAUAGACUCGUCGAGAGAAUGAGAGAAGACGACAAGAAGAUGCGAUCCUUUUGGGGAAACCUCAACGCUUGUGAAGCCGACAAAUGCUCAUCUUGUGAAGCUCAUGGACCAGAAGUCUGCCCGGGUUGUAACUUGGCGAUGGCUAACAUUUGACAGUGCUACUACCGGCGUGAACUAGCUAGCAAGAAAGCAAGCGUGAAGCAUUGCCACGUGGCAUAUUAAGCAACAUAUAAAGCCAACUACAUGAACUUCAGUUCGUUGGUCAUUGUAUUGCUGUGUGAAAUAUUGGCAGCAAGCCAAGCUAUCGUUUGAAACUGUUUUUUUCAGAUUGCAAAGAUCUUGCUUUCUAAGGAAAGUACGAUGUAAAAGAUCCAAGUCUUCGUCUUCUUUGUGUCUCUUUCAUGGUUUUACGGAAUCUCUCUUGUGCAAGUCCUGAUAUAUGGUAGUAGAUGUCUGGUUGCUCC